ACAACAAUUUUCCCUAUAAAACAAUUCCCAACACCGUGAUGUCUCUCUCUCUUCUAUCCUUCUGCUUCAGAUCUUCGCAAUCUCGGCUCCUUUGCGAGGCUUGAAGCGUCGGCUUGACGAUGAACGUGCGUAGUUGUUGAACUAGUUUGAAUUUUCGGAAGAGGAAUUGGAUGAGUAAAGCGGUUGGUGGCGACAGGUGCAGUGUAUGCUUCGGGAAAGAGAUUUGGGGAAGGAUAAGAAGGGACUGCUGUGCGCUGUUCAUUCGGAGUCGGUGUCGCUGGGGCAAAUGCGGCUGAUCUGUGAUUCGCCGUCGAUUUCUUCGUUCUGAGAGUGUUCGGUGGAUUUCUAGGGUUUUGGAUCCGAUCGCGAGUAUUGGAGGGAGGAGAGCGGGGAAGAAGGCGACGGCGCAGUUCUUGGUGUUAUUGAGCUUGGUUUGUAAACGAUGCAGCAAGAUCAGAGAAAGAAGAUCUGCAGGCUCGAGUGGAUUCUCUGGAGUCCGGACACAGUAGAAAUCAUGGGGCGAUUAGCCAGAAUCAUGAGACAUUGGAUUGGAAGUUUGAGAACUCUGUGGACAGAAUUAACAGAAAAAUUGGAUGGCCUAACAAGGAGAUUUGAUGGAUUCAUGAUGAUGUUUUCAAAGUUGUAUCAAAACUUUCUGUCAAAGGAGAAUGAUGAUCAAAUUCUGGAAGGAAUUGAUGGUGAUGCUGUUGACAUGACAUGUCCUAAGCAACCUGUGGAUGAACACAACAAGGUGCCUAGUUCAACAGCAGAAAAGAUAUCAAUGACUAGGAUUUGAAUCUGUUCAAAUCAUUUGACCUUGUCUCCGUCACAAGCUCAAUGGACACAGUCAAAGAUCCUCUUCCUUUAAAGCAUCUCCCUCUACUUGGUCAGGGAGAAGUUCGGCCAUUUGUUGGCAUUUUUAGUCCAAAGGACAUUACAGUUCCAUGUGAUUUUAGGUUUGUCAAGGAAAGUCAAAUUUUUUCAACUAAAACAACUCAAGAACUUUCACUUGAGGUGGAGGAUUCGGAUAUUCCAGAGAGUGAGCUGGUUCUGAAAGAGAGAAUCAGAUUAGAUUCCUUUGAUGCCGUCCAUCAUGUUGAUUGGCAAGGCUCGGAUGUGGCUAUAAAGAUUUAUAUUGAUCAAGAUUUCCAUCCAGAGCUAUUGAAGGAAUUUUUCACAGAGGACACAAUUAUGAAACGCCUGUGGCAUCCAAAUAUUGUUCUUCUCAUAGGAGAUUUGAAGUCUCCAAAUCUUUUGGUUGAAAAGAAGUAUACAGUAAAGGUUUGUGAUUUUGGCCAAUUCCACUUAAAACCUAGCACAAUUCUUUCUACAAAAUCAACAGCAGGAACUCAUGAAUGGAUGGCUCAAGAAGUUUCCUGUGAUGAACCAUCCAAUGAGAAGUCAGACGUAUACAGUUUUGGUGUGAAAUUAUGGGAAAUUGCAUGGAAUUCUACAGUAUUGGUUUGAUAGAAAAUCAUUGGUCCUAUUGCUACUUUUAGUUCUACUUUACCUCCACUAACUACAGCUGGAAAUUUCAAGAAUUGCUUAAUCAAUUUCCCCGUGCUACUCAGCUUCUUUGUUUUCUUGAGGAUAAGAAAAUUUUCAAGGGGAGGGAAAUGUCAGAGCCUGAAAGAGAUAGACUUCUUCACUGAAUAUGGGGAUGCAAAUAGGUACAAAAUACUAGAAGUUAUAGGGAAGGGAAGCUAUGGAGUUGUUUGUGCUGCGAUGGACACACAUACUGGUGAAAAGGUGGCUAUAAAGAAAAUUACUGACAUUUUUGAGCACCUUUCUGAUGCCAUUCGAAUCUUACGGGAGGUCAAGUUACUCAGACUUCUACGACAUCCUGAUAUUGUUGAAAUCAAGCGCAUCAUGAUGCCACCUUCAAGGCGAGACUUCAAAGACAUUUAUGUUGUUUUUGAGCUCAUGGAAUCUGAUCUUCACCAAGUCAUCAAAGCCAAUGAUGACUUGACUCACGAUCACCAUCGGUUUUUCCUCUAUCAGAUGCUACGGGCAUUAAAGUAUAUGCAUACAGCAAAUGUGUACCACCGGGAUCUUAAGCCCAAAAAUAUCUUGGCAAAUGCAAACUGCAAACUUAAAAUAUGUGAUUUUGGCCUGGCCAGAGUUGCAUUUAGUGAUACACCAACAACAAUAUUUUGGACGGAUUAUGUUGCUACAAGAUGGUAUAGAGCUCCUGAGCUAUGUGGAUCCUUUUUCUCAAAGUAUACACCUGCUAUUGAUAUUUGGAGUAUCGGCUGCAUCUUUGCGGAAGUAUUGACAGGAAAGCCAUUGUUUCCUGGUAAAAGUGUUGUUCAUCAAUUAGAGUUGAUCACUGAUCUUCUGGGGUCUCCAUCCGCAGAGACAAUUUCUGGAGUGCGGAAUGAGAAGGCAAGGAGAUACUUGACAGAUAUGAGAAGAAAGCAGUCUGUCCCUUUUACUGAGAAAUUUCCAAAUGCUGACCCGUCAGCACUCCGGUUACUGCAAAAAUUGUUAGCAUUUGAUCCAAAAGAUCGACCAACUGCGGAAGAGGCUUUAGCUGAUCCUUACUUCAAUGGCCUUGCCAAACUUGAGAGAGAACCUUCUUGUCAACCAAUCUCAAAGCUAGAAUUUGAGUUCGAGAGGCGACGUGUGACAAGGGAGGACAUAAGGGAACUAAUAUUUCGGGAGAUACUAGAAUACCACCCACAAUUGUGUAAAGAUUACAUGGCUGGGAAUGAAGGACCAAAUUUUCUCUUUCCCAGUGCGGUUGGUCAAUUCAGAAAGCAAUUUGCUUAUCUCGAGGAAAAUGGUGGUAAAAGUGGGCCUGUAAUUCCUCCAGAGAGGAAGCACAUUUCACUCCCUCGGUCCACAGUUAACUCCAGUGCUGUUCCUCCAAAAGCACACCCAAAUUUGGCUUUGUUCGGAGGCCAGCAAGUUACAGAAGAGGCAUGUAAUAGCGUUAGAGUAACCGAUACAGUUUCUGGAAAUUUCUUGAAGCCUUCUCGGCCUCCACCUCGGGUGGCUCCAGCAAAACCAGGGAGAAUUGUGGGACCUGUGCUACCUUUCGAGAAUGGUAGAAAUAUCACCAGUAACUUCUACGAUGCGAGAGUCUAUCAUCGAAACAGUAACAGUAUCGCCCCACCUACUACUACUAGCAUCUCUCCGCAUUUUAUGCCGAGGUCCAAUGCCAAUUCUGCGCAAACGAGACAGCAGCCACUGCAGAGCGACGUCGCCACCAAACCGGUCCUUCAGAGGGCGGUCACGGAUAUAAACGGGAACCCAUAUUUGCAGCGGCAGGUGAAACAGAGCCAAUUGAAUGAACAGAUUGCAAUGAAUGCGAAAUUGCUGCAGGAACAGUCGCAGUUGGGUGCAAUUGGUGCUGCUGCUGCUGUUGCAGCUGCUUCUCGCAGGGAGGGUGGAACCGCCGUUCAGUUUGGAGUCUCUUAGCCCUUUUAGAUUUAAGCAGCAGCCUGUUAGUUUUAACUCUUUAGUAAUUAUUAUUUGCACCUGAAUUUGUAAGAAUUGCCUUAUUCAAUUUAUGGAAUAAAAGUAGUAGAUUCUUGGUGGUA